GUUAGAGAGCGGAUCGUAAGUAAACACUCGAGUGGAAAUGGAAAGGAACGGAAAGGGGGUCUUAAAUAGCCAGCAAUUGUACAGGAUCUGUGUAUCUGCCUGAUAAGGUGUGCAACGUCUUAUCUAUAUAUCCUUUACAUCCCUUGGGAAAUGAUCAUAUGUCCACAGUCUCCAUCUGCAGAAGCCUUAUCAGCGAGUGCUGAUGUUCCCAGGUAAUAAAAGUACCGCAACCUGCCUGUGUUACGUUGGGUGUGUGGAAGACCAUUCCCUCCGUGGGAGCCCUGAGGCCAGUUAACCAUGAAAUAAUUGAUGCCUCUUCUAUUGUGGAGGACGCCUCACCCACUGGCCUCUGAGUGUGGGAAAGCUAAUCCUGACUGGGACUCAUGGCUUUGUAAUGCUAAUGAGCUCCUAUAAAUAGAGGAGCGCGACCCUCAUUCCCAACACAACUGACUCGCUCUCCUCAGAGAAACUUCUCUCCAUCUGAACGAAUGGCUCCAACCUACAUGACUGACUACUCUAAACUUUCCAACAAGGAAAAGCAUAAAUUGAGAAAACCAGUGGUGGAAAAGAUGCGCAGAGAUCGCAUCAACAACUGCAUCGAGCAGCUCAAAUCCAUGCUGGAGAAGGAAUUCCACCAGCAGGAUCCAAACACCAAGCUGGAGAAAGCCGACAUCCUGGAGAUGACGGUGGUUUUUCUGAAACAGCAGCUGCAGCCCAAGACCUCGGCUCCACAGAAAGCCCACUUUGACGGCUAUUCUCAGUGUUGGAGGGAGACCAUGAGCUUCUUAUCUGGAAACACGAAGGUGGACGCUGUACGUCAGCAUCUGAACCGCUGCCAAGAAACCCAGAGAUCAUCUAAAGACCUCACACACGUGUCUCCAGCUUCCCAUCAGGCCACCAAGUUGAAGCAGGAACCAUGUGCUCACAGACCUCUCUGGAGACCCUGGUAGACGAUGAAAGACUUUCAUUCCCUAAAAAAAAAACUAGAUGGUGGUUUUACCAUCUCUUAUGUUGUAGGAGAUACACAUUUCCAUUUCUAUAUUCAUUUCAGCUGCUUCAUAUUGAAGUUUCAGUUGUUUUAUUCUUGAUAAGAUUUGUAAGACAUUUGCCUUGUGUUUGUCUAGAGGCUUUUUCCCCAAUUCUAAUGUUGUUUGGCUUGCAAACAGUGAUAUUGCUCAGAAUCUGAGCUCUUUGUAAGGUCCUGAUGGACGUUCAU